AUGUCUUCUUCCACGCCAAACAAGGUGCCAUCGAGCCCGCCUGCGAGCCCCUUCAAGCUGGCCCUAUGCCAGACACCGGUAACCCUAGACAAAGAGGAAAACAUUGCCGUCGCGCGUGAUUACUUGAUGCGAGCAGCUGCCGCAGGUGCCUCUCUCGCCGUUCUUCCUGAAUGCUUCAACUGCCCGUACGACACAGCCUGUUUCCGCGAGUAUGCGGAGGAGCUCCCCGCCGUUGGUUUCAAGCCCACGGAAGAUCAUUCCUCGCCUUCGUUGAAAAUGCUGCGCCAGACAGCCCAGGAGACCAAGAUGUUCAUUGUCGGUGGCUCGGUCCCGGAGAUUGCCAACGAUGGAAACAUAUACAACUCCUCGCUAUCUGUAUCACCAGACGGUACAGUCGUUGCCAAGCAUCGCAAGGCCCAUCUUUUUGAUAUUGAUGUUCCUGGAGGAAUUCGCUUCAAGGAAUCCGACGUACUGUCACCGGGAGGGUCGGCGACAGCCUUUUUCGCUCCCGAGAUUGACUGUACUGUGGGCGUUGGGAUCUGCUAUGAUGUCCGAUUCCCUGAGCUUGCCAUGCUUCAGGCGAGAGAACUUGGCGCAAAGGUCCUAGUCUUUCCGGGUGCUUUUAAUAUGACUACCGGGCCCGCCCACUGGGAACUGCUACUGCGAGGGAGGGCGCUUGAUAAUCAGGUCUUCGUCGCUGCCUGUUCUCCUUCCAGGAGCGAAGGUGGCGACGGGUACACCGCGUGGGGACACUCAAUGGUCGUGGAUCCGUGGGGUACCGUGCUGGCAAGUGCUGAUGAAAAGCCGGCGCUGGUCGUCACAACAAUUGAUCUUGGGCGUCUAGACACGGUGCGAAAGUCUAUUCCAACGUCUCAACAACGUCGUGAGGAUAUUUACAGACUGCAAUCUGUCCCGUAG